AUGAUAAGUACAGAAAGGUGCAGAAUGGAAGGAUCAUCUGGUAAUAUAAAUAUAUUAACUGCCUCAGUCCCUCAUUAUGCUCAGAUUAGAUGGCGAUUAGAGGUUCCCUUGGGUUCUCGUACGGCUUCAAAAGUACCUGGAAUGCCUUAUUACACAAUUGCUUUGAGUACAGUUAAUCCUAUUAGUGGAACAAUAGAAACGAGGUGGAUGUUUUGUACGUUUGAGAAUCUGUUAACUGUAACGCAGAGUGUAGAAGAAGCUCUUGCCGCACUUGAUUCGUCUCGUUAUAAUUCUUUGAGAGAACUGAUAAGGUAA